GUGCAUAUAUACCGAUUCAGUAAACGAGUCGCCGGGCGCGCGUUCGGUCGCCAAGAGAGGAGCGCGUCGAUUAUACAGCGCAAAUGAUUCGCGCAACUUGGACGCCGAUCGCGAUCAACAUGGCCUCGCAAAGUUCCAUCGUUUUAGGACUGACGCUUUGCGCUUUUGUCACGGCGAUCGCGGCAUCGUCAUCCUCGUCGUCGAAUUACCAAAUCACGACGGAAGCAUCGACAACUGAAGCAGCAUCGACGACGAUAACAUCGGUCAAGAACAUGAGCAGCGAGCAUCGCCUGGCCAAGCUCGUCAAAUUGUUCUCCAAACCGGGAGCUUUCAAUCAGAUCGACGCGAUAUUCAGCGAGGAAGAGUCCGAGUACGAGAUCAACAGUCGUGAACAGUUGCAAGCCGCGUCGAGAUUUUCGAGCCAAUCAGCGACUACGACCACGAAGACCACGACCACAAGGUGUCCCGACGGCGAGCAAGGUCUGGAAUGCAGACGUGCGGAGGCGCGACGUUCCGUCGAUUGUCCCCGAGGUGACUGUUUCUGUUACAACUGCGCGAAGGCCGGACCCGAACUAUGGGUAUCUUGUUGCAAGGAGAGCCUGAAAUGUUGCUCUCAUCUGGCCGCAGCCUGUCGACUCUGCGAUCAACCGGUCCUCUAUCCGUUUUGCGCAAAAAGCUUCAAAAAGUGCCUGAAUCAACUCAACGAUAAAAAAUUGCUCUGAAAAGAGACAUACACCUCCUUUCCUUCUCGGUUCCAGCCUCGCUUCACGACAGGAUCUUGACCGAUUUUUUUUAUUUUUUCUUUUGAAUCAAAUGCUCGUAUACUCAAAAUAAGUGUGAAAAAUACCUCAUGUUCGUGGUUUUUUUACGUUCAGAUAGGAAUUUAUGAAUUAUUUAUUGUACUGAAUACUGGCAUAAGAUUAAAAAUACGUAAAAAUAAAAAAACUUAUUUUCGAUUAAA